GCGUCAACAAUUUAAGGGUCACGCAGGUAGAAAACAAGUAGUCAGUUUUGUACGCAUCACAACAAAGAUGAGAGAAUGUAGCUCUACAGAAGUUGAGACGAAACCAACAGCGACGACGUGUUGCAACAAAGUUAGAUGGUAUCUUGUGGUUCAUUGCCUUUUGGCCAUCGCAUCAACUGUAGUUUCUGCCGGGAUAACGAAUAUUAACGUGAGUACGCUGGAAACACGAUUUUCACUGGACAGUGCCGAGUCAGCAUUGAUUGUGAUAUGCUUUGACAUAUCUUUCUGCGUGGUUACCGUUUUUGUGACCUAUUUCGGAGCAACCGCAAAUAGACCGAGAAUAGUAGGAAUUGGAAGCGCGAUUUUUGGGCUGGGGUCACUCGUGUACGCUUUACCACAUUUCAUUUCACCAUUGUAUGACUACGGGGACGAAUUACCGUCCGUGAUUUGUAACUCAACAAGUCAGCUAGAUUGCACCUUGGAGCCAAAUAAUGAACUCAAAAAGUUCAUGUACGUAUUACUUGCGGGACAACUUUUAUUGGGCUGCGGAAGUACACCCUUGUAUACAUUAGGCUUGGCAUAUAUUGAGGGAAACGUAGCAAAGAAUUCGGCUUCAGUAUAUUUAGGUAUUGCAAAUGCGGCUGGCAUAGUUGGUCCGGUAUUGGGUUUCGUUCUCGGCGGUUUAUUCCUGGAUGUAUACGUAGAUGUGGAUCAAGUUUCAAGAGACAGCGUCAAUCUAACACCAUCUGAUCCACGUUGGGUGGGAGCUUGGUGGAUUGCCCCGCUCGCUAUUGCUGGUGUGUGUUUCUUGCUGGUUAUCCCAUUUUGCACAUUCCCUAAAACGAUACCAGGUUCCGAGGAAUUUCGCUUAAACCGUAAAUCGGAGGUCCAUCGGUCAGUUUAUGCAAAAGACAUCAACCAGAACGUUUGUUUCAAAGAAAAAGUCCGGAAUUUUCACAAAGCUUUGUUUUUGCUGCUUCGAAAUCCGACCUAUACUCUACUGACACUUGGCGGAUGCAGCCAAAUGCUGAUUAUCAACGGGGUGUCCGCGUUUCUCGCCAAAGUUAUUGAGAAUCAGUUUAACAUUACUGCGAGCCGAUCAGCAUUGUUUUCAGGCGUAAUUCUUGUCCCUGCCGGUGUAUUCGGACACCUAAUUGGAGGUUUUCUCGUCAAGCGUUUCCAAUGGAAAACUCCAGCUAUUAUAAAAUUUUGCGCAGCAACAGCUUUUUUUGUGACUGCUCUAAGCCCAGGCGUCUUGAUGCAUUGCGAAAGUGUUCAAACCACUGGAGUUCUCAUACCAUACAGUUAUUCCGGAAAUGAAUCUCACGAAAGUUUUUCACUGGAUUUGAACUCUGAAUGUAAUUCAAACUGUUCGUGUUCGCAAGAAUUCUUUUCCCCAGUUUGUGGAAGCGACGGAAAGAAUUAUUUCUCUGGCUGUCAUGCUGGCUGCACGAAUAGACAAACUGUCAAUCAAAGCAAGAUAUUUGUAAACUGUUCAUGCAUCCCUGCAAGUAACGAUGAAUUUGGACAAACAGCGACACCUGGUGGGUGUCCUACAACAUGUAGCAAACUACCCGCUUGGUUAGCGAUUGCAUUUCUGAUGGUAUUCUUCACAUUUAUUGCAGUAACUCCUGCAUUGGUGGUAACAUUUCGGAUAGUACCGGAAUCUUUGCGAUCUUUUGGCCUUGGUAUCCAGUGGUUAUUCCUUCGAGGUCUUGGUGGAAUCCCAGGUCCUUUUCUCUAUGGAAGCUUCAUUGAUUCAAUCUGCAUAUUAUGGCAGAUGGACGACUGUGAUGGGAGCAGAGGGUCGUGCUGGGUUUACGACAACCAAGGGUUGGCAGUUCGGUUUAUGGCGAUCACACUCGCGGGUCACUUUUUUGGUGGGAUAUUUUACCUUCUCUCAUGGUGGUUCUACAAAGGGCCCCCAACGUCAGGCGUUCCUAGUAGCACCCUACCACUAGAUGACGCACCUGAGGCCUGUUCGCCUCGAGCUGCUUCCUUUUCAAACAUAGCGUUUGUACCAGAAGCAUAGGAAGAAGCAAUGUAGCAGAUUGCACACUACGGCUCUAUCAGUACACUAGCUGCUACACUUCUG